AAUUCCUACUCUGAAUCACCAAUACCCUACCGUCCAUCGUAACCUCCAUUCAUCCCCCCGACCAUCUUCGCUCCUCACCUCUAUAGUCGUCGCCUCGUCGAGCUGCCCCGUCAUUACUUGCCUCAUCCUCUCUCACCUUCCUCGUGACCACUCCCAAUUCCUGCAGCCUUGACGGCCAUUCUACCACGAUCAGACAGACGGCCGACAACACAACUGCAUCCCACUGUGAACGCCGACAACAACUCAACCACCGCCUCGUUCGACCUCCACUCGGCGGUGCACUUCACCGACUCCUCACUCUCCGUCCAUUCUCCCACCCGUGAGUGCCCACCAUGGGCCUCGCCUACAACAUCUACCUCGACGCCAAAAAAGUCUACGGCUGCAAAACCUGCAAAACCCAUCUGGCCGACCACGACGAAAUCGUCAGCCGCAACUUCCGCGGUCAACACGGCAAAGCCUACCUCUUCAACACCGUCGUCAACAUCCUGGCCGGCGAAGCGGGCGAACGCAACAUGACGACCGGCCGACACGUGGUCCGGGACAUCUGCUGUCGACAGUGCAAAGAGGUGGUGGGAUGGAAGUACGACCGCGCGUACGAGAGCACGGAGAAGUACAAGGAGGGCAAAUUCAUUUUGGAGCAGGAGUUGUUGUGUCAGGUGAAUUGAAUGAUGGAUGUGGGAGACAAGACAAUGUGAUGAUGUGGGCGGAAUGGUAGUGGUGGUGGGUACCGGACGGAUGGAUUUUUCAAGGCCUGGAGUAUAAUGGAUGGAUGGGUACUGGAAUGCUUGGACUGAAUGGCGUUUCUUAU